CGCCGCAUACAGCCCACUGCACAAGCAAUUGCCCUGGGUAUGAUCUUGUAUUUCUAAAAUGGCUUCCGACUACAAGAAAACAGUGAUCAAAACUUUCCCACGUGGAGACGCUGAGGUUACCAAAGAAACACAGUACUGGAAGAAUUUUGAGUUUCCAGUAACAGUUAAAGAGUUUGGUGCAAUUUCUAGUAUUGAUUUUAACCCAAAGAAGCCACAUCAGUUUGCCGUCACAAGCUCUACUAGGGUGCAAAUAUUUAACCCCGAGACAAACCAAGUCGACAGGGCCAUCUCAAGAUUUCAAGAUGUUGCGUACAGCGGAACGUACCGGAGCGAUGGUAAGCUCAUGGUCGCCGGUGGAGAGGAGCGCUACAUAAGACUGUUUGACCUCAACAGUCGAGCGAUUCUGAGAAUAUUCAAAGGUCACGAUGGACCCGUACACGUUACCCGUUUCGGCACAGAUAAUUUUCACAUCAUGUCUUGCUCGGACGACAAAUCUGUGCGAUGCUGGGACAUUCCGAGCGAGAAGGCUGUGAAGCAAUACGAUGAGCAUACCGAUUAUGUCCGCUGUGGUGUAGUCAGUGCUGCCAGCAAGGAUAUCUGGCUCACAGGUUCCUAUGACCACAAAGUGAAACUGUUUGACCUGAGGUCAAAGGCCAGCGUGAUGACCUUAGACCACGGCCAUCCCGUUGAGAGCGUGUUGAUGUUCCCUGGAGGAGGAAUGUUCCUGUCCUCAGGUGGGAACUACGUGAAGGUUUGGGAUGCUCUUGCUGGUGGGAAACUACUUGCUGCCGUCAGCAAUCACCAUAAGACCAUAACCUGUAUGUGUUUCAACGGAGCCAAGAAUAGGCUGCUGACGGGAUCCAUCGACAGGCACGUCAAGGUGUACGAUGUUGCAAGCUACAAACUAGUGGCUACCAUGGACUAUCCUGUACCCAUUCUAUCCAUGGGAGUCUCGCCCACAGAUGACAAGAUCGUUGUUGGAAUGUCCUCAGGACUUCUGUCCAUCAGACACAGAAAGAAAGAGGAGACAAAAGUCGAGACAGUAAGACGGAGUAAACACAGUCGGGUGUCGCACCGGUCUUAUGACAAAGGCCAUAAGGUCUACACUGCCAAAGAGGGGGAUCUUGUGGUACAAAAACAGAAGAGGGAAUUUCUUCAGAAGUAUGACGUCAUGCUGAAGCAGUUUGAGCACUCCAAGGCACUGGAUGCUGCCCUAAAGAGCAACGUACGAAUCAAAACACCAGAGGUCACUGUGAGUGUCUUACAAGAGCUGGUACGACGUGGCGUCAUAAAGAGCGCCCUCGCUGGACGAGAUGAGAAGUGGCUGCGGAACAUGAUAGCCUUCCUGAAGAAGCACAUCACAAAUUCAAAUUUUUCGUCCAUCAUAAUUGACAUUACAAAUAUGUUAUUAGAUAUUUACACCCCCGUCAUCGGCGAUUCAGACGAGCUCGUCAGUCACUUCAAGAGACUCCAAAUAACCCUCAUGCAGGAGCUGCAGUACCACAGUAAGUUACUGGAGAUCAAGGGAAUGCUGGACACCGUGCUGGCCGUGUCGCAGACUGAGGACAUGACCCAGGAGGACGAACCCGAAGCCCUGAUGGACAUUCCUACCGAAGUGACGGUGAAUAGUAGCACUCCAAUCGCAAUGGAGGCGUAGUCACAACUGGGGGGGGGGAAUCUUUUUUAGAACUGGAAGUGUGGGAUUUACUUUUGGUAUGGGACAUAACGGCUUCUCCACACUCCGCUGUUACAACUCUGUGAUGGGUUUAUCUUUUUUGUAUUAAUGGAAGACUUUUGUGACGCUGGCGGCUGAAGACAUAACGAUCCUUUUUGCGGCUCUGAGCGUGCAAGCACAUGCUCAGUAUCGCGCGCCUAGAUCUGCGCACUACUGGAGAAAACUGUGAAAAGGACUGUCCAAAAUUCUCCCAUUGCUUUAAACGACAGCAAAUAAACAAGAACAAAACGAACUGCAACUCUUGUUUAUUUUGUGGCAAGCAAAGUUCAGAGUGGCACAGACAAGGGAUUUGAAAAUGUGAAGGCUGAUGCAAUGUCUGUUAAUUGGCAACUGAGAGCUCAAGUAUUCAACCUUGUAUGUACAGUUAAGCCUUCUUGUUCUAAAGAAACUGUUUAUAAAGAGGUUUUGCUUUAUGAAGAGUAGGUUCUGAAGUCCUGAACCUUUUUUUCUAGUGUUUCUUUGUUUCUCUUAUAACAACGUUUGUGUCUGUACUGACCACGUUUGUGUCUGUACUGACUCUAGUCCCAGUGAUCUUGUUGAGUCAACUGUGAUUGCAAGUCCAGCAUUUGGACAGUCAACAACUGUACAUGUCAUCGGGGCUUCAACUGGAUCAGUAGGUUUGGAAUCGUUACAUUAGUUCUCGCCUUGGUGGGGGGGGGGGUGAGUCUUUACAUGCUUUGAAGUCAGGGGUAUUUUUUUACCGAUGGUAACUUCUUCAACAUGUCAAAGACACUUGCAUAUUUCAUUCGGUAAACUGAAUUUUUAAUGUUCAUCUGUCGUUUUUUUUCCAAUACUUAAAAUUUCAUAAUUUAUUCACAAGUAAUACAUUAUGCGAGUUACAGUUUGUAAAGUUCUAUCCUGGCAGUUUCUGUAUAAUAUCUUCGAAAACAGUUCUACAACAAAUUGUUUAUGACUAAAUCAACAAUGAAUGAAAUGCAAUUGCAAAAUGUAAUAAACUUGUUCUUAUACAACGAUCAA